CUCAUUGUUGGCGACUAUUUUGACGAUGAAGAAACGUACUCGUGGUUUACCAUUUGUGCCGAACAGGCAAACGAGGUCAUUGUCUGGCUCCGGAGCCGGACGUUCCUUCUUGCGCUACUGCGAGAGAUCCAAGAGAACAAUGGCAAGACUCCCCUGAGUGUUAUACUUGCUGCUCUCACUCGGUGGACAACUCACUACCUAUCCUACAAGCGCUUGCUUGACCUUCAUACUGCUCUCCGUAUCCUCAAGGAUCAUCCAAAUCUUCACAACUCGGGGACCCGUGACAGCCUCCGCAAGACCGAUGAGAUGGUUGAGAUCAUUGACAGUCCCGUAUUUUGGCAUAACCUUGCACGGUAUGUUUUGAUUCAAAUCCUCAACAGAAAUCACCUGGAGCCUCUUGCAAUAGCAUCCAUGAUCACUCAAGCCAAUCAUUGUCGCCUUGAUCAGGUAUUGCUGACGUUUGCAUGGCUCUAUCUCCACUACAAAGGACUCCAUGAUCUGGCCGAUGCAACUGUGCGCUCAAAUGUACUCCGGAGCAUUGAAUUGCGCUGGGGGAAAUGCGACCAGGACGUCUUUAUUGCCGCUGUUAUCCUAAAUCCCUACCACAGAGCAGCUCCUUUCAAGCCUAGUGCAACCACGUCCCGCGCUUCCCUCGUUCUGUUGCUCGUACGACUCUACAAACGCUUCUACAAGUGUGAUAGGGUGCCAGUCGAGUUCCAGUUAGAGGUCGAAGAAUACCUCCUUGGGACAGGGCGUUUCAGCCAGAUGAAGGAUUAUGCACAGCUCGUCAUUGAUACCAGCAUUGAGAGGGUAAGCUGUACAGCACGUCCAUUAGCCUUUCUUUUCCGAGUCAUUCUCAUAUUUCCUGCAGGGUGA